AUGAACCAGGAUUCCGCACUAUUCGAUCCCAACCCUUUAUAUUCUCGCCUAAGAUCCUUGGACGACUCAUACGAAAUCCCUUCUCGCCUGGACUUCGUCCUAGGGAGCUCGACAGAAUGCCCUGUUCUCUCUUCAUCGUCGCUCAAUGAGAAUAUUCUCUCUUAUCACAUUGGUCUCGUUACGUCUAUAGACUCUCUGAUGAUGUCUUCGAGACCUCUCCUGCCUCAAGAUGGUUAUCCUCUCGAGGGGUAUCAAGCAUUCUAUUGGACACUAGCGCAAUCUUCCAUAUAUCCCCUAGACAAAAGGCGCCGCACUAUACCUUGCCCUCCAAGCCGUGCAUCUAGUACCUCUUGUCCAAUACCCUUUUCAUCUUAUUAUUACGCAGACAUGAAGAACAACAUAGCAACCCUACUUCCAAUCGAACUUUGGCGCCUCAUUCUUUUUGAAGCUGUAGCAAGUUCCUUAUUGCCCUUCGAUGAUCCCAACCGAACACGCCUCCGAGUGGGCGUCGUAGACUGCUUGGACUUGUUCGAUCAAUCUUGUGAUUCUCAUAGAGACUAUCGAAGACACCAGUCCAUGUUGACAAACCUUCGUCUUGUCUGCCGUGCGUGGGCUACCACUCUAGACGGCUAUCGUAACCUUUGCUCCUUUACAGAUUUGGGGCGAGUCUUCCUACCGAAAAAGUCUUUAAAUGUUCUCUUGAGGACAGAGAGGGUUCACGUCAGGUCGUCAGAUGACAUUUACUGCCGGGCCUGUGACGUUUGUCCCCAUCGCCAAACUAGAAGAUUUAAAUCAGGAUUCCGGAGCCCUGCUUUUAAUAUCUCAGCAGCGAGUCAACGGGUGGCUUUAGGCCUGAACUCUCCCGAGCUUUCCAAGGAGGAUCGUCGAUGGCACAAGAACCCCUUUCUGAAGACGAUGUUGAACCCUCACGUCAAGAUCAUGAUCCUCGAUGCAUAUGAUCGCAGUAUCAAUGAUGCAUUAACAGGGGCUACGCAACUUCUUGGUCUCGCUAUAAGAGAUGCAUCCCAGUUCCCUUGGAAAAUCCAACUAAGUGGCCCCAUACUUCCUCACCUGACACACUUAUACAUCAAUAUCAUCACACUGGAAGUCCUUAACUUGUUUCCUCCCGUCUUUAGGCUCAGUAAUCUUCGCUAUCUAUCGCUUGGCUGUGCAUUAUGGCCCAGAGGAGAUUCUGGGGAAAUUCUAUCCUCUCUCAACUGGUCCCUUCCUAAUCUAAACUCUCUCAUCAUUCUAGGCUCCAUCCACGAGAGGGUUGGUGAGCAUUUCUGCAACUUUCUUCGAAAUAGUGGGGCAUCAGCAUCUAUCACCGAGCUUGCUAUUGCAGGCAGUGUAUGGUCGGGGAUUCGGGAGUAUUAUAUGCUGAAGACGGGAGAAAGCGUCUGGGAAUGGUUUCCUAACCUAUGCGUCUACGGAACCGAUCUCUAUGUACUGAUGGAUGAUUCCUUGAUCCUCCCCCCCGUCGUUGGAACCACAUCUCCUCGUCUCCCUCUGACCCUCGUCAUCACGUAUCCAGAAUACUUCGAAGAAAGGGAAUUAAAGAAGCGUACAAAGCUCUUGACGCGUCGCAUACUACAUUGGCGAGUUCACAAGGUAGUCAUUGCGGCUACAUGGGACUACCUCCAAACGUGUUGGCUCCCCACUGGGCCCUAUGGAGGUAGAAACUUGAGUGGACCUCGUAGCAUAAAAUUCAUACUGGAGGCCAUACUGGAGGCAGGCGUUCUACUUUGUGAUAAGAGGGGGUCAAUAAUACAAAGUGCCGAGGCUAAACCUUUAUGGGAUGCACUCUGCAAAGCCGAAAGAGAUUA